CUUUGCUUUGUCGUUUGGACCACAACUGCUGUUCUUGCUCUACGGAUUCCUCAUUAGGAUACAGCACAAGGACACAGGAAACAGGGAUACAUGCUUGGAGGCAUGAGACGGUUCUAAAGGAGACUUCUACAUCAAAACAGACUACAAGAACUAAGCCAUACCCAUGGAUGAUCUGGAUGAGAACAUUUCAUCUACGGGGUUGGAGCCACUCUUCAUCAAAGAAGAGGAAAGGGAGCAAGACAGAACCGUCAUGGAUCAAAAAGAGUGCAAGGCACACCUAUCUGGAGUCACCUUCGCAGAACAACAGCUUAAACAAUCCACUUUAAUGAAGCCAUACCUGCAGGAGAUGGAUGAAUUACUAAAGAGCUGUGAGGAGCUCACAGGUAUUCCCUUUGGCUCACACUACUCAGAAAGUUACACAGAACAAAGUCUGAGGGAAUCAAGUCACAGUCAGGGCAAACAGGAAGUCACAACGGAAAGCUAUGGAGAGACCUGCAUAUCUCCUCAAGCCUAUCUUUCCACCAGCUACAUUGACACACAUAUGGACGGAGCCGGUACAGUCGACCAGCCAGCACAAGACCAGUCACAAAGCAUGGGCACCGUCAUUGACAGGCGUGGAACCAUCACAGAAGUUUCUCGCCAGACCAACAUGCCUCUCACGUCAGCAGGCAACAAACUGAGCAACACCAUGGUGGAGUAUGAAGGGCAGCUUCUGGGGAUGUUGGCCAUGCUGGAGAGCUGUAUGGAAGAGGCUGGAAUGGAUUUUGAGCCCCAGGACUGGGUUGCAGAAGAAAGCCAAGAAUAUGUGCAAAUAAGCAAGAAUCAUCAUCUUUACAGGGGUACGACACUGGUGCCGAAUCAGCAGGAGAGACCCCUGAAGUCGGAGACCCAGCCAAUGCAAUUAGAAAUCUGGCCUGGUGAACGUGUGGAAGGAGAUGAAGUUUCCGAGGACAGCAGGAAUACAAUGCCAGUAGGUUCUGCAACAAAUGGAAGCCAGCGAAAUCCCUUUCACAGCUGUGAAAACAUGGAUGGAUUCUCACUGGAGAGACUGCAAAGGCCUGGUAGUUUCCAAACAGAUCAGGGGGUCCUUGAUAUGCAAUUAAGGUUUUCAAGACCAGCAACAACCCUUGAUGCAACAGAAGACGAUCCAAUGUACUGCGAGGGGAUGCAGACGGAAUAUGUGUUUAAUGAAGGCACGGAAACAAAGGGAGAGGGAAGUGCGAUUGACGUAGAUGACACUGAAUUGUCAGCUGAAGACAGACAUGAGCUCAAGAUGGACACCACUGACGUGGGAUCUGGUACGAAUGAAUUAGGAGAUCUGGGGAGCCGGAUGGAGGCCUGCAUAGAGGAGGUGGAGCGGUUAGAAAAAAGGAGGAGGGAGCUGCUGGUGGAGGUGCUGCAACUAAGACAGCAAAAAGGCCAAGAGGAGGGAGAGGGGAGAAAUGAGGAAGAAGAAGAGACGGAGGAGAGAAUUGACAGCAAAGUGGCAGAACUGAUGAAUAUACUGAAGAGGGAAGAAAACGGAAGAAGGGAGGAGAGGAAGCGGGAGAUAGAGAGCCUCAAGGAGGAGAGGGCAGAGGAGGAGAGGAGGAUGUGGAAGGUGAAUGUGGAGAGACAGGGGCUGCAGGAGGAGCUCAGGAAGCUGAAGAGGAAGCUGUUUGCAAUGGCCAGGGACUGUGCCCACAGUCAGGCCGCGCUGAACAACCAGCGCCGCGAGAUGGAACUGCUCAAGAGAGAAGAGGAGAAGCUGAACUCCUUGGUGCUCCAGCUGACAGAGGAGGGCAGCCAGCUCAAGUCAGCCCAACAACAGCAGCUGUUAGACCUUCAAGUGCUGGUUCAGGCCCAGAGCUCCUUGCAGACCUCAAACACUCAGGAGGAGCUGACCGAGUGCAGGAGGCAUUCAUGUGGGGACAUCCAGCAGUACCUGCAGGGCGGGCUGAAAGCACUGGAGGAAAGGUAUGAACCUGUUUUGCUGGCAUUGCUGAAGAGGAGAGAGGCAACAGCCGGUGCACUGGUGAAAGCCAAAGAGCAGGCUCAGGAGCUGAGGGCCCAGCUGGGACCUCUGAGAGAGGAGAUACAAAAACUGAAACUGCAGAAGGCUUGUUUGGAGGAGAAACUCAAACUCAUUCACAUACACAGAAGAGAGGAUGUGGGGCAGUACAAGGAGACGGUGUAUUUUCUGGAGGAGAGGAGCAGAGAGCUCAAGAUGGAGUUAAAGACUCAGAAGAGAAACACCAACGAGAUGGAGGAGCUGAGAGACCGCCUUACCAAGAAACUCCUGCUUUACAGGGCUGCCAUCGAGGACCACAACAAGUGUGACCAGGACAAGAAAACAUGAUUUUGUGUUGUUGAUUUUUAAAAAGAAAGAAAGAAAGAAAAAAGCUCUUUUAUAAAAAUUUUCAGUAUUUUGUAUCUGCAACAUAGUGAAAUCCAAGGAUUGAAUUAAUGCACUUUACACGUAUAGACAUGAUUUUGUUAGAAAAAAAAACUAGGAUUGACAAUUGUUUUAUAGAAGUUUGUAAAGAUGAACUAGACUGCAGCAUGUAGAGACUUUUGUUAUGAAUAAAGGCCUAUAAUCUGA